AUGGUCAACAUGAAAAUCACUUUGCUCUUUGGAGAGCAAUUAUACAGAACACAUACAAUCACCAUUACACCAGACAUAUCUUAUGUUAGUUUACAGGACCGGAUAGAACGUUUUUUUGGUGUAAAACCGUUACAUCAGCAGAUAUACUUCAGAGGGGAAGAGCUCUCGGUAGUGGAACACCCUCUUCAAACUGUAGAAAAUGAUGAAGAAAUAACCAUCAAGCAUUGCUCAUUAGAGCAUUGGGAAGCUUUUAAGCAUCAUUCUCAGAAGGCAAGACAGGCGAAAAAUUCCAAAGCGAUGGUUGGGGAACACGUUCAACUUGCGAUUUUCCAUAAUGACCUCCUGCGAAAAAAUUAUUUUUUUAACUUGUCCUCCGAAAUGUUCAAAAUGGCUAACGAUUUUCUUCAUGAUUUUGCAUUGUAUAAGGAUAGCCAGUUCGAACCUAUUACCUAUGCUUCGAACUCUUAUUUUUCCACUUUAUACCAGAUAGAUCCUGAAUGUGCAACGUUCAAUAUUGAAUGGAAACCAAAGAGGGGUCCGAUAGCUGUGAAAGGCACAGUUCGAUGUUAUGUAUACCGAGAAGAAACGUUGUUGAUGACUUACCACGUCAGAACUCAUACAAAGCUAGCAGAACAACACGACAACAAAAGCGCUGAUCUGCGAGUGUUGUUCAUGUAUAAACUACUUGAGAUCCUUCGAUUUGGGCCGAAAGUUCACUUUUACCGGAACACGGGUCUGCCUGGAUUUGGUUUUUAUACGGCUAGCGAAGAAGUUCCUGGCUUUCGAAGCUUCUUUGGCCUUUCUAAUUCGCGCACUUUCACAGAAAUUCAGAUGAGAUUACUCUGCUAUUGCUUCUACUUAAGAGACGUUUUCAACGACAAGAAAAAUUUUGGCGUUGACAGCAAUGGACGGCUGCAAAUCGUACAUUUUGAGCUUCGUAGUCAUAUUCCAAAUGCGGAACGCCAGGCCACUAUGUAUUGUCAUCAUUAUCAGAAUGAGGAAACGAGAAUAGGACAAGCUUGUUUGGCAAAGUGGAAUCUGCUGAGCUGCAUAGAUAUGGCUGAUGAAGCAAUUGAAAAGGAAAAAAAACUUUUCGAAGAUCAUUCCUUCACCUUCGAUCCCGAGCGUGAUUACUCUGAAUACUUAACUAAGAUCAAGAGCAACGUUCGGUACUUCACAGCUCUUUUCGAUAGAUUAGAACCUCCGUUGUCAUUGGCUGCUCGUUGUCUCCGUCUAGUUGAUCCAAAGCAAAUCAAUUUCCGUUUAGGACAUAACCAUUGA